AAAUGCGCUAAAAAUAUUUUUAAAAAUUCGCAAUUUUUCAAAAUGACCGGAACAAGUAGUAUUUAUGAUCAGACAUCCUCUGAGAACGCUUGGGGGUUUCUUAGUGCUAUUUUAUUCAACCCUAUAAAGAGAAUUCGUCAAUUGUCCCUUUUCUACGGGGCAAGAGUUACCGUGACUCCUCUACAAGAUGACUAUUAUGAAAUUAGUAUUAGGCCGCUGUUGUUUGUUUACAUCAUGUCUUGGUUUUUUACAAUCUGCAGUUUUGUGUCAGGUAUUGUAGGUAAAUUAGUGAUAGCUGGGAAACUACUGGCAGGGAUGGUUCUUUCUCUUAUCCAUUUUGUAUCCAGUGUUCUAGUUUGGAUAUCCACACCAAUAUCCAGUCUAAAGAUUGAGUUGAAACUGGAUGAACCAGUAAUUAUUACUGGGUUGGAUGGACAACUGGCAGUUCUCACAGUUACUAAGAGUGGACAAAGGUAUGAUAUUGAGGUGAUUGGAAAGGAAGAUGAGACUGCUAACCUGCAGGCUACUCUACAGGUUGAAGAGAAUGGGGUUGAGCUGACCGCUAAUACGAAGGAAGAUAUUGAUUCUAUGGUUAGAUUAACCUAUUCUAAGCAGCAGAAACAAGAAGAGAAUAACAAUACUAAAAAAUCAAACUAAUAUUAUUACAAUUUUUAAAAUUGAUUUUUAUUUUUUUCAUUUGUUGAUUCUAAAUAAAAUAUUGUUUAUUUUUA